GACACACCACAAGCAAGCACCAGCACCAGCACCAGUGCACCACCAAGCCACCAACAAUGGCCGCCACUCAGCAUCUCCGCCUCCUGGUGACGCUCCUCCUCGUCGCCACUCUCAUCGUUGGGGCCUCCGUCGCCGACGACUCGCCGCCGGCUCCGACGCAGCAGCCGCAGCCGCAGCCGACGGCGUACCAGAUGCUGGAGCGGUACAACUUCACGCAGGGCAUCCUGCCGCAGGGCGUGACGGGGUACGUCCUCAACGCCGACGGCUCCUUCGAGGUGUACCUCCCGGCGGACUGCGGCUUCCGCGCCGGCAGCAUGCACGUCCAGUACAGCAGCCGCGUCGCCGGCCACAUCCAGCCGCUGUCCAUCUCCGGCCUGGAGGGAGUGAAGGUGAAGGUGCUGCUCUCGUGGAUCGGCGUCGAUCAGGUCGACCGCGACGGCGACCAGCUCCGUUUCUCCGCCGGCCCCGUCUCCAAGUCCUUCUCCGUCGACACAUUUGCCAACAGCCCGCAAUGCAGCUGAUUUGAUUUGAUUUUCUUGUGUGUUCCUUUGUUAUGCAAAUCUUGCUAGGAUGGAUUAUUGGUUGCAGAGAUGGAGUGGUUAGGAAUCCCUAGGACGUACGUGGUUAGGAAUCAUUCUUAUUUGUAACCAGUUUGAUUGUUUCUACUUAUUAAUUCCCAUUCGCCAGUUCGUUAUUUAA